AUGUUGCUCUACUUUUCCCUCAUUACUCCAGUCUCUUCUUUUCUUUGGGAUAUAUGGGGAGUCUCUCCUGGUAAAUGGUGUCGUGAUUAUUAUUAUUGGGAAAGCGUUGGACCGAGUGAGCUUAUAGAUAUGCAAGACGGUAUGAAGAUCGCGGGAGGACUCCAAGAUUAUUGUAAGAAAGAAGACGUAACAUUAAUGUACGUUGCUACUCCACCUGAGCGUAAUCCGCUAUACAAGAAAAUCGACCACUGGAUUUUCAAAGAUUGCCUCAAUUUUAUCAAAGACACUAUCAUAUUCAAAAUGUAUUAUGAAUUGCGAGAGCGCUCAAACCUUUGGAGCUUUGCAAAAGAAUUUGCCCAAAUAAGCGACACCAAAGAACUUCAUCUGCCACUUUGUAAGGUAAAUUUAGGAGCCAUUUGUCAAAAAUCUACCAAUAUAGCAAGUGUGAGCUGCUACAUAUGA